GAGUGGUGCUUCGUCAUGUUUCAAAGGGCACUGUGCCAGUUCUCAUUUCAGCCCCACAGCACUACCCAAAAUGGCAGCCUUCUGUUUGGCUGUCUCCUCUUGGCUUCUUUGUGCCAGCGUGAUGUCCUUAUAUUAGCGCUAUUGCUUUACAUUUUGCAUAUUUGUCCUCAUUUGGUACAAAAAUAUUUAUUGAAUCAUGAAGUUAACAGGCUUGUGUUUUGCCUCCACAGAGCCACCAUAGAGGAAGUGGAGGGGGAUGUGUGCGAGCUCGAAUCUAAACUGGACAAACUGGUGAAGUUGUGUAUUGGGAUGAUCGAUGCUGGGAAAGCUUACAAUGCAGCCAACAAGCAGUUUGUAAAUGGGAUCCGGGAACUGGCCCAGCAGUCCACUAAAGAUGAGGUCAUUGAGUCGAGCCUCACAAAGUUCGCAGAGAGUCUUCAAGAGAUGAUCAACUAUCACACGAUAUUAUUUGACCAGGCCCAAAGAUCAAUCAAGACUCAGCUACAGACCUUUGUAAAAGAUGACCUUCGUAAAUUUAAAGAUGCCAAAAAGCAGUUUGACAAGGUGAGCGAAGAGAAGGAGGCAGCGCUUAUCAAGAAUGCCCAGGCCCCACGUAAUAAGCAGCACGAGGUGGAGGAAGCCACUAAUAUCCUCACUGCCACACGCAAGUGCUUCAGACACAUCGUCCUCGACUAUGUCCUACAGAUUAAUGUCCUACAGUCCAAAAGAAGAUCAGAAAUCCUAAAAUCGAUGCUUUCCUUUAUGUACGCCCACCUGACAUUUUUCCAUCAAGGCUAUGACCUCUUCAGUGAACUCCAGCCCCUGAUGAAACAGCUCGGAGGACAGUUGGACCAGCUGGUGGUGGAUGCUGCCAAAGAGAAGCGUGAUAUGGAGCAAAAACACUCAACCAUCCAACAAAAGGAUUUCUCGAAUGAUGACACAAAGCUGGAGUACAAUGUCGAUGCAGACAACGGCAUUGCCAUGGAGGGAUACCUUUUCAAACGGGCAAGCAAUGCUUUCAAAACAUGGAACAGGCGUUGGUUCUCCAUACAAAACAAUCAACUAGUUUACCAGAAGAAAUUUAAGGACAACCCUACAGUGGUGGUGGAGGAUUUAAGGCUAUGCACAGUUAAACACUGUGAAGAUAUCGAACGCCGCUUUUGUUUCGAAGUUGUCUCGCCUACUAAGAGUUGUAUGAUGCAAGCAGACUCUGAGAAACUGAGGCAAGCCUGGAUUAAAGCCGUCCAAAACAGUAUUGCCACGGCCUUCAGGGACAAGGGAGAAGAUGCUGAGAAACUAGACAGGAAGUCCUCCACGUCCACCGGUAGUCUGGAUUCUGGAGGGGAAACAAAGGAGCGCUCUUUAAAAGGGGAGACAGCUCUACAGAAAGUCUUGGCCAUCCCUGGAAACUCCUGCUGCUGCGACUGUGGGCAGCCGGACCCCCGCUGGGCCAGCAUCAACUUGGGCAUCACGCUCUGUAUCCAGUGCUCCGGCAUUCACAGGAGCCUGGGGGUGCAUUUCUCCAAAGUGCGAUCUCUAACUUUGGACACAUGGGAACCAGAACUUCUAAAGUUAAUGUGUGAACUUGGAAAUAAAGUCAUCAACCAGAUUUAUGAGGCUCGACGUGAAGAAUUAGGAGCCAGAAAACCAAACCCUGGAGACCCGAGACACGAGGUGGAAGCUUACAUCAAAGCCAAAUACGUGGACCGGCGGUUUGUGCGGCGGCCAACUGACGAUGAGCUGAGAUCUAAAGUUGUGUCUUUGAGCAAACAGGAGAAGAGGCUCAGCAGUAGCUCCGACCACAUGCCCCCCCGAGCUCCCCCUCCCACCCCCAAAAUGCGCCCUGGCUCAAACUCUUCAGGACAAACAGCUGCAGCCGGUGGCUCGGAGGCCCGCCGUGACUCUCUCUUCUGUCCUGAUGAGCUUGACUCGCUCUUCUCCUACUUUGACACCUCCUCCAAACUCAGGAACAUGAAAAGUGCAGACAGUGGCAUUCAGAAUAGCGCUGAUGGGAGCAAAGAGAUGCUGGCAAUGACUCCUUCCAGCAACAGCAUGGGUGAAGCUGAUGGAGCAGAGUCCCCUCCUAUGGCCAUGCCUGCCACCCUGCCGCCCCCCUCUCCCUGUAAAGACGUGGCAUUCUAUGAGCCAAAGGAGUACAGCCCCGGUCUGCAGCUGUUCUGGGCCUCAUGUGCCCGCAGUCUGCCCGACAUGGCCGAGGCUCUGGCCCAUGGAGGAGAGGUCAACUGGGUCAACACGGACGACGAGAAGAGGACGCCACUCAUCAUGGCGGUGCAUGGGGGGUCGCUGGUCACCUGUGAGUUUUUGCUACAAAAUGGAGCCAAUGUAAAUCAGCAGGACGCUCAAGGACGAGGGCCGCUUCAUCACGCCACCAUGCUCGGACACACAGGGCAAGUUUGUUUGUUCUUAAAAAGAGGAGCUAAUCAAAAUGCUGCAGACAUAGAUGAGCAAACGCCUCUUUCAAUCGCUGUGGAAGCAGCAAAUGCAGACAUCGUCACAUUGCUGAGAUUGGCCAAGAUGAAUGAAGAGAUGCGGGAGGCAGAGGGACCCUACAGUCAGUCAGGGGAUGAAACCUAUCAGGACAUCUUCCAGGACUUCACCCACAUGGCGUCCAAUGACCCAGAGAAGCUGAACCGUUACCAGGGCUACGACCCCCCGCGACCCUGACCCCCACCCUGCUCCUAGCUCAAUAGCGUCCCUUUUUCCGGUGGCGUGGAAGCCAGUUGUGCCCCCUUAAAGCUGAAGGCAUUUCAAACUAAACAACAUGGCAGAACUCUCAUUACAUUUUAGUAUUUUUUGAACGUGCAGCUGUGAUUACUGCUCCUGAUGAAGACUGCCGGCACUUGAUUCAAAUGAGGAGGCCUGCAAGAUGGAGGACCACUCAGCCUUUAAAACUGCUUUAAACCAGCGACCUUAAUGAGAGAAUGGUACACAGAACGCUUUGGAAGGACUGAUUAAGUCGAGAAAGUCCCCAAUGAUUUUGAUUGUACAGGUUUGAAUUUGGUCAAAUCUGUGGUAAACAAAUAUGAUAAAUGAGCUUUGUGAAUGGUAAUGAUCAGUGUAUACAUCAACUCCAUUUCAACUUUACAAUUGGAUAUUUUUGUUUUCUUAUGUUGUUUCUUAUGUUGCUUUUGUGAAUGUCAACAUGCUUUUACUUUUUUUGCACAAACUGUUUAAGAAACCACUGAUGUUUACCAUUUGGGAUGGUAAGACUUUGACGUGUUGAACCUUUUACAGUGAAUACAGUCUAAUUUAAAUCUCGACUUAUUUUUUUAUGUUAAAGGUGCACUAUGUAACUUUUCUGAUGAGGGCUGUCCAUCACUUGCUUGUCACCAUGGACAUGUUAUUGUUUUGCCUGGAAUGUUCCACAGUAUGACAUUAAACAUAUUUAUUUCAGGAAAUUCAAUAAUAUUGCCAUGGAGACAAGCAGGACCCUCCCCAAAAAAACGUAGCAUAGAUCACCUUUAAGGUUGCCACAUUAUUUGUACCAGCAGUAUAGAACUCAUAUUUAGUGUUUGUGCUUUCAGAGUCAGUCAAAUUAUUACAUUUCACAGUAUUUUAACUCUAAACUGUGGAGCUGACUAAUGACCCGGACACAUUUUUAUUGUGUGAAAUGUCCAUAGACUUAAACUGUAUUUUUUAUCUACACAUUGUAAUGUAUGUAGUUCAAGGAAACCUAAGCCAAUGCACCAUGGGAUAUAAAUCAUGUACAGUGUGUACAGGACUGAAGUAUAGUGGUACUUGAAUCAUUAAAUAAUCUUUUGUACAUGCUGUUCUUUGUACCUUUCCAUUUUAGCCUGUUUAUAUUGUCUGCUUGUACAUCACUAUGUACUGUACAUUGUACCUGUAAUAUGCACAGAAUACAAUACACACAACGUGGGCUGUCA